UUUUACAAACAUGUAUAGAAUUAUAGAUCACGCUUGGGCUGUUCGAUUCCCGAAAUGUCUUGGUUUUGUUUAUAUUUACACGAUUAACACAUAAAAAGUUAUCCAUAAAGUGUUUAUGUAAGCGCGUACUCGUUUUCUGAAUGUAUCAUUUGUAUAAAAUGUAUUUAUGUAAAUAGAUAUUAUACAAAUAUUUUAGCAAUAUUUUGUAUUAAAAGCAAAAACAGGCAUGUUACGUUUGUCACGACUUAACCACGACGAAAGAUUCGUAAUGUGAUUACGUUACCGUUACGUAAUGGGCACGUAAUUUGGCUGGCUGGGAUUACUGUUUACUCUCACACAUUUGGCAUGUUACUUGAUUAUUAGUUUAUUCAAAGUAAAAUACCAGCAGACUAUCCAGGUCUGGAAAACAGAGGCCUUGUGAGAUUUGGCGGGUAGUCCGAUUGAUGAUCAUUAAAAUGGAGUCAUUUUAUCAGGAAAUAAACAACAGUCCGAAAAUAUCAACCGGUUUCCCCCAGAAGGAAUCGACUCCAAAAUCGAGGAAUUGUAGAUCACGUUUCUGUCCUCCAGAAUACAGUCUAGUCUGUCUUGAAUUAUGUAUACAUGCGUUCGUUCAAACUGUAUUUAUUGUAGAAAUAAAUGUAUAAUAUUGUGUAUAUUUCUAUACACAAUAUUUAUAAACAAAUCUUUUCCGUUUUCCCCCUCUUCUUUCAUAAUAUGUAAUUAAACAAAAUGAGCGGGAAAACUGAACAAAGGAACCCGAAUCUUGUGGGGGAUGGUGAUUUUCAAACAUGAGGUGAUAAGAGGGACUUUCAUGUGGAAGCCUCUGAUUGGCUCUUUUUCCGACCCGUCACACUUGUAGCUGACCAAUGAAAUCACGGAAUGGGUGUAGCCAAUAAAAAUCACGCAAUCAGAGGUGCGCAUUGACUCUUCAGAAAAUUAGCAUAGACGAGGGGAUAAAUGUGUUAGUGCGUUCUGUCGUUCUUACAGUACUUUGAACUUAAAUCAUUGUUUUGCAAUGCCUGAACCAGCAAAGUCCGCCCCGAAGAAGGGAUCCAAGAAGGCCGUCACGAAGGCCGCCGGUAAGGGAGGAAAGAAGCGCAGAAAGUCCAGGAAGGAGAGUUACGCUAUCUACGUGUACAAAGUCCUGAAGCAGGUCCAUCCUGACACCGGGAUCUCCUCCAAGGCGAUGGGCAUCAUGAACUCCUUCGUCAACGACAUCUUCGAGCGCAUCGCCGGUGAGUCGUCUCGUCUCGCUCACUACAACAAGCGCUCCACCAUCACAUCGAGAGAGAUCCAGACCGCCGUGCGUCUGCUGCUGCCCGGUGAACUGGCCAAACACGCCGUGUCUGAGGGCACAAAGGCCGUCACCAAGUACACCAGCUCCAAGUAAAGUGAAGCUCCAGCUGCACCCAAAGGCUCUUUUAAGAGCCACCCAUGUUGUCACUUAAAGAGAGAAUUUGAGUUUUCAUAACGUUUUUUUAAUUUUUAAUAUAGAUUUGGUUUCAGUCCGAAUCAAUUGUAUGACAAAAGUAUCAUUUUGCAUCAAUGGAGAAUGUUGCGGUUAACAAGCAAGAUUUAAUGUUGGGAUGUUGUAAAAUUGUAAAUGGGAUGUAACUUAUAUUUGAAAUGAUCUCACAGGUGCAGUAUGUGCAGGUAUUAACAUUGCUCCAUCACUAUAAGACCGGAUCAUUUUGUGUGGAGUGCGGGGUGAUUUUUCUCGGAGUUGCCCUGAUGUGCCACACGAUCGCAAAACGUGCGAAAUCGACCAUAGAACGUCUUGAGACUGAUGUCCUCACAGUGAGGGCAGUCCCAGUUAGCCAAAUUACGUGACGUAACGGCAACGUAAUCACAUUACAAAUCUUUCGUCGUGGCAACGUAAAUAGUUAUGUGGUUAUCUUCUACAGAAAUGGGUAAUAUGAAAUAAAAUAUUAAUAGUAAUGUAUUUCAUGCAUCCUUUGUAUCCGUUUGCUUUACGGUCUCCGAUGAUUAAUUAUUUGGAAAUAACAUUUUUAAUCCCAGUUGUUUAAUGAUUUGUAGUAACUUGUAAAAAUUAAAACUCACAAAAAUUGCCAACUUAACCCCCUAUUAUCUGACCUAAAUUUAGGCAAUGUAUAUGCUCUUCACAUGUAACUCUUAUGCCCACUGACAUUUGUGCCCCACACAUUAAUGGAUAAAGAAAGUAAAGAUUUGAGUCACAUUUGGAAGACACAGGGAUCAUCACACCAACAAAUAGUAAAUACAUUAUUAAGACAAAACAAGUGUACAACUAUUAAAGUCCGUAGUUGUAUUAUAUCCAUAAGAUAAAAAAAAUAUUUUUUUCUAGCCAAAAUAUAUUUUAAAUAUAUGAUAAGUAUAUGUUGUAACUGUGAAGCUCAAUAAAAUAUAUUUUUAAAAUCGCAAAUAUUUUUAAUUUCAACCUUCAACAAAAAUACUAAGAAAAGUAUUGUUUGCAGUGUAAAACUAAUCCAUAUGAAUUGAGUGGUUUAGUCCAAAUUUUCUGAAGAGACGCAGAUUGAAUUUAGGCUUUUAUUCACAUAUAAACAUUCCUCAACUCACAUCAUUUGCGGUAAACUGAAGCUCAAGCGUGAAUGCUUGACCUGCGAGAACCAAUGAGGUUCAUUCUCGUGUUAUGCAGCACGUUUGUUUAUGUUCUGUUUAUGUUCACUGAUCAAGCCUAAAUUCAGUCUGUUCAUCAUACAAAGCAAUCAAGUCUCUUCAGAAAAUUUUGACUAAACUGCUCAAUUCAUAUGGAUUAGUUUUACGAUAUCUUUAUGAACUUUUUGAAACGUCAAAAUGGUAGUUGCGUAGCUGUCAAUGGAGGGAAAGAAAGGUCUCAGAUUUCAUUAAAAAAAUCUUCAUUUGUGUUUUAGUCUUAUGGGUUUGGAACAACAUGAGCAUGAGUAAAUUAUGAAAACAUUUUCAUUUUUGGUUGAACUAACCCUUUAACUGAAUUUUUUUAGUAAAUUUUCCUUUCACCAACUCUGCAUCCAAAAUCAAAUACUUCUCUACUAUACAGGAAGUCCAAAUUUUAUUCAUAUAGAACAUACUUUUUUAAUGGUUGUGAAGUAAAUUCAAAUACAAAUGUAGUACCUACUCAAACAGUAUGUGAUUUCGGACGCACAGCAACUCUUGACUUACCACAUAUCACUGCCAUGGUGUCCUUGUCAAGGGCAUUCCUUCUCUCAGUUUUACUCAUUCCUCCUACAAAAGACAAUACAUGAACAUUUGAAUAGGGUACAGAGGGUAUGCACCAUUGUCUUCAAACUAGUUUUACAUUUCCAAAUAUUUUUGUUCACCUUAACAGUGGAACUGAAGAAAACUAACUAUAGGUAUGCUGGAUUUGAAAGAUAUUUUUAUGGGUUUGUUUUGGACAAUAAAGAAAAUAAUGAAGGAGAGGUAGAAAUUAUCCUUUUUUAAACAAGAAUUUGACCUGGCCUUCGAAACGGUUUACCUUUCAAAUUGCUGUGGAUCAGAAUCUCCAGUGGGAAGGCGGUCAUU